UUGGUGCGUCACUUUCGAAGGGAUAGUCCGGCGCUCGAGGCGCUCGGGGAGGAAUGCUCGUUUCCGUCGGGCGUAUUUCCGCCCGGUCCUUCGGUGCCCGGAGGGGUCUGUUGCAGCAGCUGCGGGGGCGGGACCGCCGGGCCGAUGCGGCCGCGUUGGUGGCUCCUCUGGCUCCUCGGAGCCGCCGCUGCCUUGCUGGGGGGCAGCCACGACUCCUCCCCCCGCUUAAUCCGUGUUUGCUACAGUUCUGUGUCCGAGGCCGGUCCGGGGCUGCCGCACUUCUCAGCCAUGGGAUAUGUGGACGACCAGCUCAUCGCUCGCUAUGAAAGCCAGACCAAGAAGUUGCAUCCUCGAGUUUCCUGGAUGAAUACACUGGAGAAGGAAGAUCCCGAAUUCUGCGAAAGGUACACCCGGAUUUUGAAGAAAGAUGAGAAGGACUUCCAGGAGAAUGUAUGGAUGCUCCAGAGACACUAUAACCAAAGUGGAGGGUUUCACAUCGUACAGAUGAUGAUACUCUGCGAAGUGUGGGAAGACAGGAGCAGAAGUGGGCACUGGCAAUACGGUUACGACGGGCGGGAUUUCCUCAGCUUCAACAUGGAGACCCUCGCCUGGACAGCAGCCGAUAAAGAAGCCCAGGUAACCAAGCGGAGCUGGGAGACGGAAACCGCCAUCCUUCAGCGCUUCAAGGGUUACCUGGAGAGCACCUGCACAGAGCUGCUGCAGAAGGACAACCGCUAUGGAUUGGGGCAAUUCUCGAGGAAAGUGCCCCCCGUGGUGACAGUGAGCAGCAAGAGAAAGACCGAGGACACGGAAAUCCUCGUCUGCCAAGCAUAUGGCUUCUACCCCAAGGAGCUCGACGCCACCUGGUGGAGGGACGGGGAGACUUUGGAACAUGAGACCCUGCGGGGAUUUCUUGCCCCCAACUCAGAUGAGACGUUUUAUAUCUGGCUCAGCAUCCAGGUUGAUCCCAAGGAGAAGUACCAGUACCGAUGUCACGUGGAACACGAUGCCCUGCCGGAGGCCCUGUCAGUGGGCCUGAAAGCUCCAGAAUCCAACUUGAGGCUGAUCAUCAUUGGCUGCAUUGUGGCUGCUGUUGUCCUGGUGAUUGCUGGGAUUGCUGGGAUCUUGGUGUAUCGCAAAUCAAAUAAGGGAGUUGCUGUUCCCAGAAGUGGCCUUUCUUGCUUAAGAAAUAACAGGAUCACCUGCCAGAUCAUUCUUAUCUCCCCAAGAGAAACAGAAGAGCUGGAGAGCGUUGGGCGCGCGGGCGCUAUGGCACUUCGCCGGGCGCUGGCGUUGCUGCUGGGGUUGCUGGCGACCCGCCUGCUGGGGGGCUGCUCCGGCUCCUCCAGGCAUUCUCUGCGCUAUUUCUACUUGGGGAUAUCAGAGCCCAGCCAGGGGCUGCCACAAUUCCUCACAGUGGGCUACCUGGAUGACCAACCCAUCACUCACUAUGACAGCCUGGAGAAGACAAAGAUACCUCUGGUGUCCUGGAUGAAGAAGGUGGAGAAGGAGGAUCCCAGCUAUUGGGAAGAGGGGAGCCAGAUCUUGAAUGCCACUCAGCAGGUGUUCAGAAAUGACCUAAAAAGAGUCCAAAACCGCUACAAGCAGAAAGGAGGGCUUCACACCUGGCAAGCAAUUUAUGGCUGUGAGCUCAGAGGAGACGGGAACAAAGGUGGUUAUUCACGGUAUGGCUACGAUGGGAGGAACUUCAUCAGCUUUGACAAGGAGACCCUCAGCUGGGUGGCAGCCGAGCCCCAGGCCCAGAUCACCAAGACGAAUUGGGAAAUUAAUCUGCAGUGGUCCCAGAGAAAUAAAUUCUACCUGGAAGAGGAAUGCAUUGAGUGGCUGGAAAAGUACCUGUCCUAUGGGAAGGAGACACUGCUGAGGACAGAGGCCCCAGUGGUGACGGUGAGCAGGACGGAGGCUGACGAUGGGAUGGAAACUCACUUCUGCCGCGUCAAUGGCUUCUACCCCAAGGAGAUCGAUGCCUCCUGGAGGAGGGACGGGGAGGUCUGGCUGCAGGACACCUUCCGUGGGUCUGUGGCCCCCAAUGCAGAUGGGACCUACCACUACUGGCUCAGCAUCCGGAUCGAUCCCAAAGAGAGGGACCGCUAUUGGUGCCGCGUGGAGCACGACAGCCUGCAGGAGCCUGUGGACAAAGCCUUGAAGGUUCCAGAAUCCAACCUGGGGCUCAUCAUCGGCUGCCUUGUGGCUGUUGUUGUCCUGGUGAUUGUUGUGACUGCUGUGAUCUUGGUAUAUCGCAAAAAACGUCAAGAAGGCUACAAGGCAGCAUCAACGAGUGACAAAGGAUCCGACAGUUCAAGCCCAGGGAACGUCAAAGUCAUUUAGCAGCAGCCUGGCAGUUAUGGCAGCUUCAGCCCAGUCUCACACCUGUUUGGGCCUCACCUGCUUUCACCUCCUGAAGAAGGUCCGGUCCUGCCGCACCAGAGAAGAGAAGAGCAAGUUGUGAGUCCGGAUGACCAUCCGAGAGACGGUGAACAGGAAGAGCCCCCCGCGGCAGCUGGCAAAUGUGGAGCUAGAAGGGAAACGGCAGAGGGGUUGGUUCCUGCUCCUCAAAUGGAAACUCAGUCACAGCUCCAUAUAUGAGCAUGUACUGGAUUUGACAGGGUUGGAAAAUAUUCACCCAGGACAGAUCUAUCCCAGCCAGGUGAGAUUACAUUAUCUCCGGCUGAUGCUGUCCCCCGUUUUGAAAGGCGCAGGAACACUUUCAUUCUGAACUGAGCACAGCAGCAGGAUCCCUGACACAAGUCCCGGCUCUGAUACAGAUGAAGCACGCUUCCUGCUGGCGACUGCCUGCCCCCAGAGCUGUCGUUAAUUAACGGAUUAAUCCAUCGACAAUGGAUGCUCCUUGAGAAAGCCUUUUCUUUGAGAUUCGUAUUCAAGUGAGAGAGGUACAGACCACAAGCAUUAGCUGGUUACGUUGCUGCCAGAUGGCGAAACAGGGCAGCUAAAUGGGAUCCUGCAACACCAACCCUGCGUUGCUUGCUCAAGAAGUCUUAAGCCCAAUUCAAGAUACUGGUAGUCCUCAUUUAGUGACCACAAUUAUGACCGGCAACUCGGUCGCUAAGCAAAGCAGUCACUAAGUGGGAAAUCACAUGACCGGGACUGUGCUUUCUGGCUUGAAACUGACAAGAGUACAAUACUGAAAUCGGUUUCAGGCCUUCUGCUUUUGUUUGCCUCCUGACCGCUCCCCCGCCCUUUGGGAUGCUCACCCUGGUGCUGGAUAAUUAACAAGAAGGGAAUUAAUGUUUGUAUUUAUGUUCACUGGAGAGAAAGGGGCUAGAGGAGAAUAAGCAGGGACACCAUGGGAAAUACGCAUCGAAAGCGAUGCUCUGUUGCCAGCAGCUGCCAGCGUGCUCAGCAAACAACCAGCGUCUUCCCCACUGUGUGCCUGCUUGCUCUCUUCUACUCACUGGCUUCCUCACAGCACAGUGCCCUGUUGGGGGACUGAUCGACCGCCAUCUGCCAAAGCUGGCUGGGACUGGGCAGAGAGAGGGGCAGCUCCGCAGCCGUUUGCCAAGUCCUGGCCCCUCUGCAGCUCCCUCCUUUCUGUCACACUUUUCCUGGCUGCAAAGCAGCCACCCCCCCUCUGUGAGGGCUCUGUCUUUCUGCCAAGGCUAGUUCACUUUCCCCCGCAGCUCCCGCCCCACCAAAACAAUCUAAGCUGGCCGGACAAUUGCCCGUGGGUGCCUUCUCUUUGCAAGCACAUCGGGGCGGAGACUCCAGCUGCGUGCAACUCAAAACAUCAAAUGGGGCCAGGAAGGCGCCCCUUGCUUCUCUUUGGAUCCGGGGCGAGCCAGGAGGAGAUGCGCAGGAGCUGAUGGGCAUCUUUCCAAGGCAAAUGCCCGGUCUUCCCCAUGGCCAAGCAAGAGCAAGGGUCUUGGGCAGGAGCAGACAAUGGUAGCCACCUUGCCACUCUGCUCCAGUUGGGGGCCAUGUGCAACAAGGCCCUCAGCAAAGCCCCCUCCUUCAACGCUUCCCCCUCCCCACCUUCCAGCGC